UUUUAAAGGGCAACCCGCCUCCUGAAGGGAAAGAAGGGAAGGCAGCGGCGCCGGCGGAGGAAGAGGAGGGGGAGGCCGGCUGGCUCUCUGCUUCCACGCCGGGGCGGAGGUUUGUCAACAUGACCGACCGAGCCGAUAGCCUCCACUUCCAGUUUGACAACUACGGCGACGCCAUGCUGCAGAAGAUGGACAAGCUGCGAGAGGAGAACAAGUUCUGUGACGUCACCAUCCGCAUCGACGACCUCGAGGUCCACGGCCACAAAAUCGUCUUUGCCGCCGGCUCCCCCUUCUUGAGAGACCAGUUCCUGCUGAACGACUCCCGGGAAGUGAAGAUCUCCAUCUUGCAGAGCGCCGAGGUCGGGCGGCAGCUGCUCCUCUCCUGCUACAGCGGCGUCCUGGAGUUCCCCGAGAUGGAGCUGGUGAACUACUUGACGGCGGCCAGCUUCCUCCAGAUGAGCCACAUCGUGAAGCGAUGCACGCAGGCGCUGUGGAAGUUCAUCAAGCCGAAGCAGACGCCGCCGCCGCUCGAGAGCAAAGAGGAGAGCCCGCGGCAGACGGGAUCUUCCGAACCGAAGACCAGUGGGGAGGAGGAGGAGGAAGAAGAGGAUGAGGAUGAAGAAGAUUCGUUGCAAGCAGAUUCCCCCUGCAUCCAGCCGUCCGAGGACGACAGCAUGGACAUGGACGACAGCGACAUCCAGAUUGUGAAGGUGGAGUCCAUCGGGGAAGCCUCGGAGGUCCGACGCAAGAAGGACCAGAGUCCGUUCGUUUCCUCGGAGCAGCAAAGCUCCCUCCAUUCGUCGGAGCCCCAGCAUUCCCUCAUCAACUCCACGGUGGAGAACCGUGUCGGGGAGAUGGAGCAGGGCCAGCUCCACAACUACGCGCUCUCCUACGCCGGGGGUGAGAACCUCUUGGCGGCUUCCAAGGACAUGUUUGGCCCCAACCCGCGGGGGCUGGACAAGGGCCUCCAGUGGCACCACCAGUGCCCCAAGUGCACGCGGGUCUUCCGGCACCUGGAGAACUACGCCAACCACUUGAAGAUGCACAAGCUCUUCAUGUGCCUCCUCUGCGGCAAGACCUUCACCCAGAAAGGCAACCUCCACCGGCACAUGCGGGUCCACGCCGGCAUCAAGCCCUUCCAGUGCAAGAUCUGCGGGAAGACCUUCUCCCAGAAGUGCUCCCUGCAGGACCACCUCAACCUCCACAGCGGGGACAAGCCCCACCGCUGCAACUACUGCGACAUGGUCUUCGCCCACAAGCCCGUCCUGCGCAAGCACCUCAAGCAGCUCCACGGCAAGAACAGCUUCGACAACGCCAACGAGCGCAACGUCCAGGACGUCGCCGUGGAUUUCGACUCCUUCAGCUGCUGCAGCUCCGGGACGGACUCGAAAGCCGGCCCGCCCGGCGAGGGCGGACAGGUGCUGGAUGCGGGAAAGCUGGCCCAAGCCGUGCUCAGUUUGCGGAGCGAAAACGCCUGCGUGAAUUGAAAGCGGGCUCCAAAGGGGAGCUUUGUGAGACGAAGGACUGUGAAGAGAGGUGUUUUGGGCAUUGAACACGAGAGCCAGUCGGAUGAGAAAGCGGGGUUGGACCCAAAAUGGUUGCCGUUCUGACCUGAAGGGGAGUUCCUCCGUUUGAGGAUUCUGAAGGGUCAUUCCCCUUCUACUGGUGACAUUAGCCAAAUCCACAUAUUGUAGUGUGGCUUGGAUGUUUCUCCAAAAAGCAGCUCUACACUUGGGCCACAGAGUGUGGUGGGGGUCCUUCUUUGGAAGCUUUUAAACAGAGUCUGGAUGGUCAUCUGUCAGGGUGCUUUGAAUGCCAUUUUCCUGCUUCUUGGCAGAAUGAGGUUGGACUGGAUGGCCCACCAAUUCUAGGAUUCUAAGAUGGGUUUUUAAGCUAAUUAACAGAAAUAACCACCCUGGACUUUUUGAAAGACAAGGGGGAAGAAGCACUGGAUCACUGUAAGCUCUUGAUAUUUGAUAAGACUGUUAUGCAAUUUUUAACUUUGUACGGUUUGUUUAAAAAAAUGGGUACUGCCCGUCUUGUA